AUGAAAUAACAAAUAGAUCUCAAGUUAUUACAAUAAUAAAGAGAAGAACGAUUUUAAAAGAGUUUAUUUGGUGCUAAUCAAAUGACUUAAUAAAUUGAAGAUAAACCUGCCAAUACCAAAGUUCCUUUAUUGUCUAAUGAAAAUUUUGUAUAAAUUUAUGUAAAAUGUACUAUCACUCCAGAAGUAUGAUUAUUUUAAUAUUCUUAGUUUGUGGCAUAGAAAGAAUUGAGAGAGGAUAAUGUAGACAAUGAGAUUGAUAUAGUAUUUGAUGAUGUAAUAGGUAAAUUUAUUAUUAAUAAAAUAUAGAAAAUGAGGAAUUAGGAAUGAAAAAAGAGUAUAAUGUAUUUGUGGAAAGACAAUUAGUUUAGCAAAUUAAAUUGUUAAAAUAGAAUUACAUAGAGAAAUAAGAUUUGAUUAAAGUAAUCUAUAAAUUUAGAUGAAGAUGCCUGUAUGUGGAUCCAAUGGUAUAAGAUUACCAGAAGAAUAAGAUCUAUUACUUUAUUUUGAAUUCUUUAAAAUUAGAGAAAAUUCAACUGAAUGCUAAUUAUUACUUCAAUCAUAAGAUUUAAAAUCUUAAUAUGGACUUUUGAUUUGUGGAUGUCUAUUUAAUGAUGAAAUUGCAUAAGAUCUCUCCUUUAAAUUAUUAACUAAGAAACCUACAUUAGAAAUCAUUAUGAAAUUGUUAUUAGUUACAGUGCACUAUGAAUCAAAAUAUUAAAUGUAUAUGUACAAGUAAAUAUAUUAUUUAUUCUUAAGAUUAGUAAAAUAAUUAUUAUAUUAUUAUAAUGGAAUUCUUAAGGAAAUCACAGAUCCAUUAUUAAGCGAUGUGAUUUAGAAUCUAAAGCAAUUAUCAAUAGAAAAACCAAAUAUCAUUAGAGUUAAUAAUAAGAAUUUCUCAUUAAAAAUAAAUACAACAUUCCUCUAUCCAUUAUAUAAAUAAUAUGAGAAGGAGAGAGCUACAGUAUUUAAACCAAUUAAUGAAUACACUCAAUUUCAAGUAUUACGAAAUGCAGAUAUUCCAGAUCAAACAGAAGAUUCAGAAUAUCCACAUAUUUAUAUAAUAUAAAAAUAGAGUGAUUAAUAACAAUAUCUUUAUGGAGUAUAAUUAGAAGCACAUGCAGAAAUAUAAAUAUAUGAUAAUAAAUGUGAAAAAUAUUAGAAAUAUAAUGAUUCAUAUUUAGGUUGUGUAGAAAGAAAUAUUUGGGGAACUUCUAUGGUUGUAUAUGAUGAUGGAUAUCCAGAAUCUGUUUAAUUGUAAUUUCCUGAUUGGAUAGGUUAGAAGAGAAGGAGAUUAAUGAAAAUUGAAUAUGAGACUAAUAUCAUGGCAAAUGAACCAAGAUAUUUUGAUACAGUAUAUUUAAAUCUAGAUACAAAAUAAUGGGAAGGUAAUUUAUUUGAAUUAUUAUAAAAUUAGAAUUAAUUACAUUAAGACCACAUUAUAAUUAAGAAAAGGAUUGCUAUUAAUUGAAUUUCUUUGGGUAAUUUUAAAUCAAUAUAUAUAAUUAGACGAGCUAAAAUUGCAUCUGCUCGUAAUUUCUAAUUAAUCAAAGCUGGAGAUGAUAAAACAAUCCAAUUAUUACAUGGAAAGAUGGAGGCUAAUAGUUUCAAUUUAGAUUUCAGACCUUCUCUCAGUAUCUUAUAAGCAUUUGCUAUAUCAAUGGUUUCUAUAAGUUCUAAAGCACUUGUGUCAUGAUU